UGUUCUCCACAUUUUUUUUUAAUUUUUAAUUUGUUUUUUUAUCUUGUAAAAUUGGUAGUGGGAAAAGCCAUCGAAUUCUGCCCCCAAUCCUCUCUUGCUCUGGUCCUCCCCCUUUUCCACCCCAAUCCGCAGUUCCGCACCGCUUUCGUUUGCUUCCCAAUCUGAUUCCUUCCCUUCGUGGUUGCUCGCCUGCUCUUCCAAGGGCGUCCACUGCCUUGUUGUUUUCGCUGCGAGGCAGGCAGCGAACGGAGGCGGCGGCGUGGUUUGUGUGAUAUUCCGGAGGGGAAGCGCAAAGAGAGCUUCUUGCUGGCCGAUCUUUGAGAUUUCUAGAUCGGUUGGUGUUCCAAAGGGAGGAUGCAUGGUCAACCUUAGUAUUCUCUGAUUUACCCAUAUCAAUUAUGUGAUGUAUAGAAGUAGAAGAUAGAAGCUAUACACUUGAUGAAUCGGGGAAAAGCAAACAGAUACAUUGCUCCAACUUGCAAGGGUUGCAAGGGGAUAAUCUACAAUACCUGAUGCAGGGGGAAAGGAGUACUUUUCAACCCUUCUGUGAGUCUUUUGAUAUAGAUCGACCAUCCAGUUCAAGUACUUCUGUCAUGGAUCAACCAUUGCUCUGGAAUGACCUUGUCCCUGCUUCAGUGGAGAACCAAGACUUACCUCAUAAUCCAGCGUCUUCAAGCGGAACUGUUUCCUGUGGUAAUGUAGCUAGCCAAGAAGGUGCUAGUUUUAAUUUCUGGAAUGCAGUUAGUCCUAGCUCUAGCAUGCCCCUGCUAAAUCAAGGCACUCACAAUGAAAUAAAACUUGAAAAUAGUUGGAUGGCUUCUGCUCUUGGUAGUAGAGGUGGUGGACCAAGGAUACAAGAUAGUCAACCUGAAGCAACAAACAAUCUUUCUUUUGAAACUGAUACUGGUGACCACAACUCCCAUCUUGUCAACAACAGACAACAAUUAUCUCAGUUCCUUGACUUUAAUGACAACAGUACAGAACAUGUUGAAUUGAGUAGGGAGAUUCUUGGAUCAGGGUUUCAUUCAGGACAGAGUCAUCUUAGCUUAACACCAUAUCAACAUGUUUCCUUCUGUGGAAGUUCUUCAGGAGGGAGUUCUUCCAGGGCUAUUGAUUUCUUUUCCAACAAUGAUGGGGGCAAACAAAAAGUAGCAGAAUGCUCUUCACAGAAGAGAAAAAGCAUUGAAAGAGACCAUGGGGAAUGCUCAGCAAGUGGAAAUUCUGGUAAUUUUAAUGAAGGUGUACAUCGCGUAGAGGAAAUAAAUGCAAGAGGCAGUAUAAUACCAAGAGCUGCAGCAUCUGAUCACUAUCAGUUUGUGAAUUCAGCUGGAAAUCGUGAAAGCUUUCAGAGGAACGCUCGAAUGAGAACCAACCAUGCAGAUGAAGCUUAUGCUUUUGCGCCUGAUCUUUGGCCCCAAGAUAAUAAUGUUUCUCGUUAUAAUGUAUGGCAUGCUCAGCCAUCAUCUGCAUCAAUUCCGCAUAAUCAGUUGUCAGAUUCGAGGUAUAUUGGUGGCAAUUUGGGGUCACAUAGGCAACAUCACGCAUGUGCAAUUCCUGUUUUGUCUCCUGACCUGUACCCUUUCACACACAAUGAAAUUUCCACCACGGAAAUAGGCAGUUCUUCAGACUCUCCAGCAGUUGCUGUUGAUGGUGCAUCUGCAGAACUGGAACCUUCAGGUGUUUCUAUCAAUAUCCCAGAGCAAAUGUUUGUUCCUCCAAUUAGUACUAGAAAUAUGUUGCAAGACCAAACAAAUUGGGGUUCGGUCAGUGGCAGCACAGUUUUGCCUGGAAGUUUGGCACCUUCAUCACAGGCUGGCACCAACUUAGGAGGUUAUCAACCACUAGGAGCAAACUGGUUAACUCAUCAAAAUCGACGACGCAUAUCAGAAGCUGUACAUAGAUCCCUUCUUUCUUCUGAUUCUGAACACCGAGGUCGUAGCAUGGGCCGACCUGCAUGUCAAAAUAGUUCCUCUGCAUCUCAGGAGGUUGGACAUCAAUCAGGAGCUGUUUCCCGUGUUCAUCAGCAUCCAUACAUGAGAUUAAGUAUGUUGCAGAGGCAGAAUAGUGAUGCUUUGAGCAUCCCAUUGCCUACACGGACUCUUGCAGCUUCCAGAGAAGGGAGAAACAGGAUGUCAGAGAUUCGGAAUGUUUUUGAGCGUCUCCGACGGGGUGAAAAUUUACUUCUUGAGCACAAGGCUCAUCAUAUAUGGUUCUCCAUUUUGUACUUCAACUUGCUUUUGCCAAUUUUCCUCUACUAGAAGGUGAAUAUUCUUAUUCCUUUAGAGAAAUAAAUUAAAUAGGAUCUGUAUCUGCUUGUUGGAAUAGUUAAAUAUCUAUAAUUUGUGGUUAAUGUGGCUUGGAAUAUUCAGGAUAAUAUGAUUUUGGUAUUUCAUCUUACUCAGCUUUUUGAUUCCUACCCAGAGGCAACACAAUUGUCUAUUUAGGACUUGUUUGCGUGUGGAAAGAUCGGAAGGAGAGGGAAGGGGGAGGGAUGGCAACACAAAAUGUAAACCAAGCCAUAAAGUGGCAAUGAAAAAUUAAGCAAAUUAUCUAUAUGUUUGGCCACUUUAUGAGAGGCCAAUUAUAGGAUAUAGUGUGGUAAAUAAGGCUUACCUUACUCUUAGCUAGGCUCUUUUUCUUAAACAGAAAAAGAAAUAGUAAACUAUCUAUAUUGCUAAUGUUUAAUAAUUUUUUAUUCUUGUUAAACAGUCGUCUGAGUGGUUCUCUUGUAUCAAUUGUUGGAAAGUAACUACAAAUUACUAAACUUUUGUCCUUUGAGGAGAUGUGAUUUCUUGAUCUUUCUCUGAGAUUGCUUCUCUUCUAUUUUUCUUGUUGUUGACUAUGUUUGUUGCUAAUAUUAAUCAUCGCUUAUUCUUAUGCAUGUUCUGAAAAUACCAUUUUAGCAGUGCCACCUUCUUUGAAGUAUCACAUAUACCUAAUAUUUUUUGGGAGUCAAUUUGGCAUCUCAAAUUCAUGAUUCCCUGACUGAUGAGACUUAGGUUCAUAUUUACUAUUAAAGAUACCUUGGGAUUCUUUAGUGAAUUGUUUCUGAAUCGUGGAUUCUAGGCCAAGCUUUCUUUUAGAAGUGGGAUGAUGUAAACCUCGAGAAAACAACCUACAAUGUUACACCAUGAACCAUGCUACAAAGCCUGAAACUUUCCUUGUAGAAAUACCAUCUGAAUAUCAAGUUGCCAGCAGAAUUUUAUGUGCUGUAAAAUAAUACUAUAAUUUUUCCUAUUUCCGUUCGUUCAUGCAGUCAUCUAUAUAGUUUGCCUUGGUCUUGCUUUUCAGCUAUUGUAAAUUAGAUUUGUACUC